AUAUUUCAUAUCAUAAUAAAUCUACCCGGCUUUGUCUUUUCAACGUCUUCCAUCCAGCAACAAUGAGGACCCAGGUUACGCUGCUGCUCAUCUGCAUGAUUUCUUCAGGAGCACUGUCACUGCAAUGUUAUCCACCUAUAUACAAUGACACGGUGUAUCGCUAUCAAGGCACGGAGUGUACCAAUUCGUGUGCGAGAACAACAACUUCUGUGGACAUCUAUAUCAUUGGUGGUGCAGCUGGUCUAGCGCUCAUAUCUGAGGAUGAUAUUAUGUUUUGCGGAUCGCCAGAGCAGUGUGUAAACUCGAGUAUGAACAUCGGUAUGGUGAAAAUCGCCAACAAUACCCAAUGUUGCCGUACUGCUUUAUGCAACAACAAAGCCCUGCCAGCUAUGCCGCAGCAGCCUACCAACGGGAAACGUUGUUACAGCUGUAAUGACAAUGACUGCUCUCGACAACUGCGGUGUGAGGGAGCUGAAGAUCGCUGUAUCACUGCAACAGUUACUCAAGGAGUUAAUGUAAUGACCUUGAAAGGGUGCACAACCAAGAACAACUGCAAUAUUACUCUACUAAACUCACAUGGGCUCAUCAUAACAGAUGUGGAAUGUUGUGAGGGGAACCUGUGUAACGAUGCUGAGAACUUCAUGCUGAGUUUCCUCCUCAUGUUCGUCCCUCUACUCUCCACCGUCCUCUUCUACUGAAAUGUCAGCCUGGGAAAACCCUUCAUGUGGUCAUAUUAUGACAUUUUCUCCUAUAUAGAUAUCUGUAAACUGCAGGAUUAUCUUUCACUUUUGCAUGUUUCUCGGCCAGACGUUCGUGUGAGUAGAAUUUAAAAGUAGUAAGUAGAAAGAAAACAGAGAAUAUUUCAUUUUAAAUUUGCUUCCCAAGUGCUACUACUUAAGUACCUCUAUCAACUGAUUAACAAAUAAAUAAAUAAAUAAAUAAAUAAAAAGAUUGGCAAAUUGUAUAGAAUUAUAAGUCAGAAGCAGAAAAUGAAUUCUCACUUCGACCUUCAGGAUCAUCCACACCAGUCUCUGUCUCAUCACCUGAGGUAAAAGUCACACAUGAUCUCUAAACUCCAUUAUCAUCUUUAUGAAUGUUAUGCUAACAUCUGUAUGGAAAUUCAUUUCUCAUCAUUUUCAUCUGGGUCAUUUACACAUUUAGACAGACUGUACAGAGUGUGUAAGCUCUUUUCUCUGUUUUGAUGCUGAUGUGACAGAGCAGGAGCAUCACGGACGUUACAAUUCCUUCAGUUCAGUAGCUAUCCAUAGCUGUUCAUCCAAAUGUGAGAAAAUCACACUUAGCUAACAAGGUUUCGAUAUUUAUAAACACUAAAGUAAAUGCUGUAGAGGUUUUGACCUUCACAUGGGCAAGACUAGAAAGUAGUAUAGAUUAAAACAUUGACGUUGUUUGGGUGAAAAAUAUAGUAUAUUACUGGAACAAAAACAGACAAAAAAAAAAACACUUUUAAAAAACACAUUUUUAGCUGUAUAGAGAUUUUUCCCAGAUUCCCACAGAAAUCUCUAUCUAGUGCAGAAUUACAAUUACAAAUGGAAAUAGAAAAGACAUUUUUAAGACACUUGAGGAUUUCCUUUUUUUUCCUUUUAUCUGUCAUGUUGCAAUGUUUUGUGAUGAUGUGUAUUAAAUGAACUCGCAGCACAGCAUGGAUUAUGCUUGUAAAUCAUUCAUGAAGUUUGUCUUCUUGCUCAGACGUUUAAAAGUUCAAACUGAAACCGAGAAAAUAAACUGAUCAGAGAUUGCUUAA